AAUAUAAAAUCAUUUACGAAAUUAAUUUUAUUGUAGUCGAUCAAGGAUUAAACCCUACGAAACGCGAUUGAGUUGAUAAUCAAAUAAUAACUAAAUAUUAAAAAAAAUUGAAGAUGCCAUCUUUUGAGGGUAAGCCGGACCAGGACAAAAGAAUUGUCAUAUCUGGGGUCGCAGGUCUUUUUCCAGGAAGUCGCAAUGUAAAAGAACUAUCCAAUAUCCUUUACAAUAAGGAGUACCCGAUAUCGUCUGAAAACUGUCGCUGGAAAUAUGAACAUCCCGAGAUGGUACCAUUUAUUGGAAAAGUGCCUGACCUAGAACUAUUCGAUGCUCAGUUCUUUAAGGUGCAUUAUCGUCUCAGCCAAAGGAUGGACCCAAUGUCCCGUAAAAUCUUAGAGCAAGCAUAUCAGGCUAUUUAUGACGCAGGUAUUAGCCCGCAGCAACUUGACGGAAUGAAAACUGGUGUUUACCUCGGAUGUGGUUUCUCUGAGACCGAAAAGGCUUCCUUUUUCGAUGAAUCAUCAAGGAAUGGAUUUGGUCUUAUCGGAUGUAAUAAGAGUAUGUUCGCGAAUCGUAUUUCCUACUGGUUGAAUGCAAAAGGUCCAUCACUAUGCAUUGAUCAAGCCUGUUGCAGCACUUUUGCAGCGUUGGUAUCAGGAUACCAAGCAAUACUCCGUGGUGAAUGUGAAGCCGCGUUAGUUGCUGCUUCGAGUAUUUGCUUACAUCCGCAGAGUAUUGUUCAUUAUAAUAGAGCCCAACUGUUAAGUCCAGAUGGCAAAGUCAGAUCUUUUGAUGCCAAAGCUAAUGGAUGUGUAAAGUCUGAAGCCGUCGGUGUUCUUUUUCUUCAGAGAGCUAAGGAUGCCCUUAGAGUGUACGCUGAAGUUGUACAUGUGAAAUCUCAAUUCACGUCUUUAUCUAAAGGAGAAAAAGGUCCUAACUAUGGGUUUUACCGUAGUCCAUCUGAUACAAUUAAUUUUUUGAAUAAUUUUUACAAUGAAGCAAAUGUUCCACCUCAAGCUGUAAAGUACGUUGAGGCUUUUGGCUCUGGUAUACCGGAUGCUGACAAAGCCGAACUCGAAGUAUUAAGUGAGGUGUUUUGCAAAGGAAGAGAUGAUCCACUUUUUGUUGGAUGUGUAACAUCUAAUAUUGGUUAUUCGGAAAGCGCGUCAGGAAUUUCAGCUAUUACUAAGGUUUUGCUUGGAUACAACAACGGUAAACUGGCAUCAAAUCUACAUUGUGAUACUCCAAGGCAGGACGUUGAUGCGGUUAAAGAAGGACGUAUUCAAAUAGUAACUGAACAUCACCCGAUGGACCCUUCCUAUGCCGCUAUUAAUAGUUAUUCGUAUAACGGAGUUAAUGCUCAUGUUUUAUUAAAAGGACAUAAUGUUCAAAAGGAUCUCAACCGUUACAAGACAACUAUUCCUUAUUUAGUAACCAUCUCUGGGCGUCAAGAAAGUUCAGUGCAAGUUAUUUUGAAAGAUCUGAAAACUCGUCCCAUUGAUCCCGAAGAACUAGCCUUACUUCAUAACAUCCAUGAAAAAAGAAUAUCAGCUCAUAUUGGUCGCGGAUUUACAAUUUUAGCCACUAAUGAUAAUAAUGAAACGAUUAGUUUAUGCGAAAAAAAAGGCUAUUUCGACGACGCAACACGACCGCUAUGGUUUGUUUACAGCGGAAUGGGCUCCCAAUGGGCGGGCAUGGGUACAGAGCUCAUGCGUAUACCAACUUUUGCUGCUGCUAUUCAACGUUGCCAUUCAGUUUUGGAGCCAAAAGGUGUGGAUAUAGUUAAAAUUAUAACUUCACCCGAUCCGAAAACCUUUGACAAUAUUUUAAAUUCGUUUGUUGGUAAUGCGGCAAUACAGAUAGGACUUACUGAUAUACUCAAAAAACUAGAAAUAUUCCCAGACAAGGUUAUAGGUCACAGUGUAGGAGAAUUGGGAUGUGCAUACGCAGAUGGUUGUUUUACAGCGGAGGAAAUGAUUAUGGUUGCGUACAGCCGAGGUCUCGUUUCUAUUCAGACUCCAUUCAUUGUUGGAUCUAUGGCCGCUGUAGGCAAAGGCCACCAAGAGAUACUUAAAAUGCUUCCUCCUGAAAUUGAGGUAGCUUGCCAUAAUAGUUCUACGUCAUGCACUAUUUCUGGACCAAGUGAUAUUAUGAAGACAUUCAUAUCGGAAUUGACUUCUAAGAAAAUAUUCGCUAAGGAAGUAGCUUGCUCUAACAUUGCUUAUCAUUCAAGAUAUAUAGCUGAAGCAGGACCUGGUUUAUUGGAACAUUUAAAUAAGGUUAUUAAAGAACCAAAGCUUCGUUCUGAGCGGUGGAUUUCUACAUCGGUACCACAAGAUCAAUGGAAUGAACCCUCUGCGAUGUACUCUUCUGCGGAAUAUCAUACAAACAAUUUACUAAGACCUGUGCUUUUUGAGGAGGCGUUGAAGCUGAUUCCUCCCAAUGCUGUGCUUGUAGAAAUAGCACCUCAUGGUCUGUUACAGGCUAUUCUUAAACGAUCUUUGCCAGUAACAUGCCUGAACUUAUCAUUGACACAACGUGGAAAUUCAGAAAAUAUCAACUAUUUGUUGAAAGCCAUCGGCGAACUGUAUAUGGUAGGAUUUAAUCCUGUUAUAAAAACGCUUUAUCCAAAAAUUGAUUUUCCCGUUUCGACCGGUACACCGAUGCUCUCACAUUUAGUGGACUGGGUGCAUGAUGAAAAUUGGAAAAUACCAUUGUACGUGGCCGCCGAUAAGAGAGUGUCAGCUUCUUGCAAUUUUGUUAUCUCUGUGCACGACGAUGAACAUAGUUACUUAAGAGGUCAUGUGAUCAGAGAAAAGAAUGUUUAUCCAUUUGCAAGUGCUCUCGUGGCGGUGUGGGAUACAUUGGUGAUGUCUUUAGGGCUGCAAAGGAAAAAAAUAUCAGUACAGUUUAAAGACGUAAGAUUCCAUUCGCAGCCAAUAUUGAGCGAUGAACGCCUAAUUCAGUUGAAUGUUAUGUUACACAGAGGCAGUGGAAAAUUUGAGGUUAUGGACGGUAAAACUGAGGUCAUCAGUGGUUUCAUUAAAGAGUAUAAUAUAAAUCAAUGUCAAUCAAAGCUGAACGAUAACGCCUCAACUGAAAAUGAACCGAGUCUUAAUGCUGAAGAUAUUUAUAAUUUACUCUACAUAAGGGAUUACAAUUACUUUGGUGAUUUCCGAAGUAUUCAUUGUGCAAAUGCGUCGAUUACAAAGGCGAAGAUAUUAUGGCGAGAUAGUUGGGACACUUUCAUUGACGGCUUGCUACAACUAAAUUUUUUAAGACAAUCACAUAAUACUACAUCUCAAAUUAAGUUUAUUAAAAAUAUUGAAAUUAAUGUCGACGGUCACAUUAGUAACAAUGGUGCAAUGGAAAGUGGUUCAACACUUAUGACUGCACAUCUCGACAAACUGAACAAUUCGACAAGGUGUGGAGGAGUAUUUUUGCAAAAUGUUCAACUUCAAAACUUACCAAAAACAAAUGGCGUCACUGAAACGAUGGAUACUUUGAAAUUUAUACCACAUUUUUCUACUACCGCUAUUGAUGAGGCUACGUUGCUUGAUAUUUAUCUUCAAGAGGCAGCUGAUAAUACAAAUAAAGAUUUAAUAAAUAUAACAAAGAUUAAUAACACCUAUAAAGAAGACGUGACAAGUUCAAGAUUCAGUGCAGUCGUUCGGAAAUUUGUUGAAAAAAAAAUUAAAUUUCGAAUUGUUAGCAGAAAUAAAAUUCUAAGCGAUACAUCCUUACAAAAUGUUGAUCUUGUCUAUGUAGAAAACUUGUCUAUCGAUAACGAUCUGUGCCGAUCUCUUUAUAGCAUGCUCAAUAUGAAUACAUUUAUAAUAAAUAAAGAAGAUAACGCUAAUUUACAUUCAAUUCCACGACCAUCUUUGCUUUACCGUGUUGUUUGUGCUCACAGCACAGGAAACAAUCGUUUAGAACUUGUACGUUGGAGACCAUCUACAGAUGCUCGAGAAAUAAGUACAAUUUCAGUGAAUUCGCAAUCAGAUCUACCAAUGCUUUUCUCUACUAUUACCAGUGUCUCUGAUAAACAAAGUUUGAUUGUAUUGUCAUGUUACCCUCCAUUACCAAUGUUAAAAAAUAUUGUGAAAGAUUAUAGGAAAACGACAAAUAAAAACAUUUCUGUAAUAAUGAUUAAUAAAACGUCAAAUCAAUUCGAGACUGGACGUCUAUGUAGUCCUGACCUUGCCUUUGGUAUUGUAGUUGAUGAUGUCAUGGGCGGAGAAUAUUGUCUACCGAUCCCUCAAACUUCAACCGUUGAAGGAAGAAUGAGUUUAGAAUAUACAAGUGACGUAAACUCCCUAAAAUGGGUAGAGGUUUCAGAACCUACUGGCUCGGGUAUCAAAGUCAUGGUUCAUUAUGCCGGCUUAAGUAUUGUAGACGCAAAGAAAAUUGCUGGUAUUAUUAAAUCUACAAAACAUGAAAAUCAAAAUGUCUGUGGAAUGGAAUUUAGUGGAAUUGUUGAGAGAACUGGUUCUCGAGUAAUGGGCUUAGUGGAGAAUGGGGCUGUUAGUACUAAAAUUCAAGUUCAUCCGAAUAUGAUGUGGCCAGUGCCAGAUUACUGGAACUUGGAAGACGCAGCUACUGUGCCUUUGGCAUAUUGCCUGGCAUUAUAUUGUUUGUGCAUAAAGAGUCAUUUAUAUUCUGGUAUGCGCAUUCUUGUCCAUGGUGGAACUGGGGCUUUAGGACAAGCAGUAAUAUCUAUUGCUUUGGCGCACGACUGCGAAGUUUUCACUACUGUCAGUAGUAUGAGCAAAAAAUCUUUUCUUCGGAAAUUAUUUCCCGAACUCAAAGAUGAUCAUAUUGGAAAUUCACGUAAUGAUAGCUUCAGUGAUAUGGUGCUCAAUAUUACAAAGGGAAAGGGCUGUGAUAUCGUAAUAUCUAAUGUUAAAGGAGAACUAAGAAGUACCACUUUAAAAUGCUGUGGAUCGUCUGGAAUCACUAUUGAUACAACAAUACUACAAGAUCAAGAAGAUUAUAACCUAGGAAUGGCCUUCAUGUUCUUCAGUAGAGGUUUUACUACUGUCGAUAUAACUUCAAUAUUUUCAUCAGAAAAUAUAGAAAUUCUAAAGCGUUUGCAACUUCUUGUUAGUGAGGGUAUAGCGCGAGGUUAUGUACGGCCUCUAUCCCGCAUUACAUAUGGAGCACACGACGCACCCGAAGCCCUUCGUCUUAUAGCUGGUAAUCGUCAUCGUGGACGAGUCUUGCUAGAUCUCAAACAAAUAUCACCAAUUGUACAAACCAGACUAAAAUGUUCAUCUGAAUUUAAUCAUUUGGUGGUGUCUGAUGAUGACAUUUUUGGAAUACAUCUUAUUGAGAGACUUAUAAGCCGUGGAGCAAAGAAACUAUUUUUACAGUGGAAGAACCCUUCGAAUAUACUAGAAUUUAAAACAAGGUCUUGGGAAAAGAUAGGCGUAAAUGUAAAUAUAUACUACGAAGAUGUUUUAAAUUCAGAUAAUGCUCGUGUAUUGCUUGAUAAGAUUAGUAUCUUUGGACCCAUUGAAGGAGUAUAUUUAAUCGCCAUUGACGACAAUUACGCCAUUAAAAUGGAGAAUGUACUGAAACAAUUAACAUUGAUGAAACAGAAAUUUAAUCCCUAUUUAAAGUAUUCUACAAUUAUAAGAGUUGAUAGCAAAAAUGAAGAAAAAAGAUGUAAUUUCGAAUUUCAACGUCAUGAAAUACCGACUAUUAUCAACUUACCAAAACUAAAAGGCAUCAAUGAUCCUUUACGCACUGGACACAAGGGUCUAAUCUCAGUACAAAAUGCGAUUGAUGCUCUGGAGUUCACAUUAACCACUCCUCAAAUAUCUGGGGUUGCUCUUAAAUGGUCAGAUAUAAAAAUAUCGAUCUUGGAACGUAUAUUCUCUAUAUCCGAUCUUAAUAACGGCAAAAAUAUUAAUCUAAGCGAUAUAAAUCUUUCUAUGACAUUAAAAGAUUUGGGUAUAGACGUAUCAUCGUUGGAUUCUAUACAAGCUUGUUUAUGUGAUUAUUACAAUAUAUCUCGCUCUCGCGAUAAUAUUUUGAAUCUAACUGUUCGGGAAUUAAUCGAGAUAGAAAAAGGCGUUUUAUCAAAGACACAUUACGAAGAAACGCAAGGAAUGUGGACGUUUUUCUCUUAUGUGGAUAAAGAUGAACUUCAAGCUACAAAUAAAAUGAUAUUUAUGCCAUCACUUACUAGAAAUGCGGCAAUGAAUUCUCAAGAAUUUGAGUUGAGUCAGACAUAUCUCUGUGUAGUGCCUGGGAUCGAGGGACAUUAUAAACGGUUCCAAAAAAUCUGUGAGCGACUUAAGCUUCCAGUUCUAUUGUUACAGCCAGGCUUAGAAAAAUCUGAGAGUAUCUGUGAAACAGCCGAAAGAUUGGUUGAGAUAAUGCCUAAAAAAGCGAUGGAGUUACAUAAAAGAUUUUAUCUGCUAGGCUACGAAUAUGGUGUAUUUAUAGCCUUGAAAAUGGCAGCUAUACUAGAAGAGAAAGGAUGGACUGGUACAGUCUUCUGCAUCGGAGGAUCGCCAAAUGAAAUUUGCAAAACAAUCAAUAAUAAACUACAGGAGUAUGAUACUGAUGUAGCAUUACAAGUUGCUGUAAUUAAGCACAUUUUUAUUUUGAUGACUGGCGCCGAUACGAAAGAAUUGGAUUGUGUAUUAAGUAAUUCUAUGACGUGGCAAGAAAGAGUUGAGUGUUGCGUGCAAAACCUUCGAGGUCGAGUUGGUUAUUCAAAUCAAUUUACUCGUGAGCUAAUUGAAACGACAUAUUCACGAGUGGCUCAGUUGCGUAGCUCCAGCGCUGAAUCGCGAGCCAUUCAGUCUCAACUGGUAUCAAUGCGUUCCAAAUCACCUGAUGAUCAUGAAACAGAUUCAUCUUUGCAAUGCUAUUCUAAGAAUCCAGUAAUUGAAUAUGAUUUAAAUGUUCCAUUUUCAUACCUUACGAAGGAUCCACAAUGCGCUGCAAUCAUCAAUCGUCAUCUUGAUAAAGAUAUUCUCAAGGAAUUCGAGAACACAAAUCUCUGUGAAACUUAUCUUAUAAAUGAAGGUUACAUAACCAAUGUUUAAAUGUUUUUGUAAUGCCUAAUAACAAAGUAAUAAAUAUUGAAACUGAUUUGCCUACAA